AUGCGUUUGACUACAACGCACAAGUGCACAGGAUUCGGAAUCCAGGAGAUUCUGGGCUUGAAUAAGGAGCCGCCCGCGGUUACGCGGCGUCCAUUGGAAUCUUUGCCGCACAGGGCGCACCUUCUGGCGGCUAGAUCGGUUUUGGACUCGGCGGGAGUCGGGAUUGGGAUGGGAAUUAUUGGUCCAGGAGGAGGAAUUCAUUCGUUUUACAGCCAGCCUGCCUUUCUGGAGGUGUUACAGGAGGCGCAGAGUGUUCACCUUCAGCCGCUCAACGGGGCCAGGGCAAUGGGACAGCUUGAUGCGCACUACUCCGCAAGCUGCUCUGAUUCAGAUGACAUAUCCUCCAGUGAAAAGACAUUUUCCAAAUCAUCGAUGAACCAAAACAAGAACAGAAAGAAGAGACGACACAGGACUAUAUUCACAUCAGAUCAGCUGGAUGAGUUGGAGAAGGCUUUCAAUGAGGCCCACUACCCCGAUGUUUACGCCAGAGAGAUGCUCUCCAUGAAGACUGAACUUCCAGAGGACAGGAUACAGGUUUGGUUUCAGAACCGCCGUGCCAAGUGGAGGAAGAGGGAGAAGUGUUGGGGUCACAGCAGUGUGAUGGCGGAGUACGGCCUGUACGGUGCCAUGGUCCGCCACUCCAUCCCUCUGCCUGAGUCCAUCCUCAAGUCAGCCAAGGACGGUAUCAUGGACUCCUGUGCCCCAUGGCUACUUGGUAUGCACAAGAAGUUCAUAGAUACCCCUGUUCCAACCUCUCCUGUGAAACUGGAAGCUCCCCUCUCCAAACUUCCUUCCAGGGAACGAGAGAGGGAGAGAGAGGUGGAGCGAAAGGUGGAGGAAGAGGAGGAGGAGGAGAGGAGAGAGAAUACCAGAUCGCCCAUAUCCAAAGAGGAACUGAGAGAGAAUAGCAUCGCAGCACUCAGGGCUAAAGCUCUGGAACACAGCGCUAAGAUGCUGGGGACACAUCCUGAUGGAGGACCACUGGGGACAGUUUCAGGGGCCGUACCAGUGGGGCAGAGACAGCUGACGGAGACAGAGGACAAACAGACAGAAGGACAGUUGAAUCCUGCAGAGAAGAUAGAGUCCAGUCACUGAUAUGAACGCAUUCUUCUAAAGACUAUGCUAGGGCCUGUUGAUGCCCUCUCUGUAAAGAACACUGUUUACAUACUCCUCACAUCCAUACUAUUAUAAAAAAGAUAGUAUUAGUUACAAUACACAUUAUUCUUUCUAGCAAAAAAUAGUCAUAAUGUUCCUAUGACACCAAUACCAGAUAUCGUCAACCUCCACAAUCUUCCUGUCAUGGGGAUUAAUUUUCUCCAGAUCAAAUGUUCCAUCAGGGAAACUCAGUAAACAACUACAACUAUACCCUGGUCAAUACCUGUCUACUAUGUUGUAAUCUGGCAGCUAUUUGGCAGCUUGCUAUUGUACAACUUUAAGAAGACUUAACUAUUUGGUUACAUCAAAUCAAAUCAA